UGAUUAUGUGACUUUUUAUUUGCGCCUGGAGAAACCUUGUUUAGUUGGUCAUGACAGCCAUGCUUUUCUGCAAUUAGCAAUGGGCAUGUGAGGUGUUUGUGAAGAAUAAAUUUCAAAUUUAUAUGUAAAAAUAAUCAUGGUUUCAAGAACUACAGUUGGACUUGCUGUAGGAGUUGUUAGUAUUUUCGUUGGAUAUUGCUUUUAUUUUGACCAAAAGCGUCGAAGUGACCCUGACUUUAAGAAGAAACUUCGCGAGCGAAGGAAAGCCAGAAAAGAAGCCCAAAAAGCUGGUUCUAAAAUACCAAACCUCAAAGAUCAUGAUGUGGUUCAAAAGUUUUUCGUUCAAGAGGUAGAGUUGGGCGAGGAAAUGUUGGCUUCAGGUGAUGUUGAAGGCGGUAUUGAGCAUUUAGCAAAUGCAGUAGCGGUGUGUGGUCAACCCCACCAUCUUCUACAAGUUCUUCAAAAGACACUUCCUCCACCAAUUUUCCACCUCCUUUUGCAGCGACUGCCAACGGUUGGACAAAGACUCAAUCCACAAGGCGUGAUGGCAGAGGAAGAUGUUGAAUAAACAUCUUAAAAAAAGAUGUUGGCAUUUUUAUACCAGAAACAGCGAUUGUAAACAUCUUUGUUAACGUGUGCAUUGAGUAGUAUAACACUGAUUUCUUCCUUUUUAGAUGACUCAAUUUGAUAAAAUGACUCGUUUAUUAUUUACAAUUUAUUUUUUUAAUAUCUCCUAAAUCGUUAAUUCAAAUUCUACAAAUCUCAAAUAUUCCAAAGAUUGUCCAGUCUUGUUAGUCGUACAUAUAAUGUUGAAAGAUAAAAGAACUUUGCUAAAUUCCAAAAGAGUUAAUGAUUAGACAUUUUUUAUUACUUGCAUCAUCAACGUGACUUUCUGUAAAUUUCUUUUUCUCGACAAGUUACACUGUACAUAUAAAAUAUGAAUAUUAAAGAUUGUAAAUUGACUAACA